CGGAGAUGACAUCGGAAGCCGCCGAUGAACUCUCAUUUACUUAUUAUGAGAAAACUUGCCCAAACAUGGAGGCCAUUGUGCACAGAAAAGUCUCUAAAUGGAUAAAAGAAGACUAUACACUCGCUGCCAGUCUCAUCAGGCUCCAUUUUCAUGACUGUGCUGUCCGGGGAUGUGAUGCAUCGAUCUUACUGAACCAUGAAGGAAGUGAGCGUUGGGCUAAAGCCAGUGAGACAUUAAGAGGGUUCGGACUAAUCGAUGAAAUCAAACAAGAAAUGGAGAAAAAGUGCCACAAGAUGGUCUCAUGUGCUGAUAUUCUUACUGCAGUUGCCAGAGAUGCUACUGUGAAAAUUGGAGGACCAUUUUGGGAGGUUCCAUAUGGAAGGAAAGAUGGCCGUGUAUCAUUAGCUAAGGAAGCUGAUCUUGUUCCAAUGGGCCAUGAAAACAUCACCUAUUUGAUUGAGUUCUUCCAAUCCAGAGGCCUCAAUUUACUUGAUCUUGUUGUCCUUUCAGGAGCUCACACAAUUGGGAGAAGCACUUGUGGAUCAAUCCAACAGAGGCUGUACAAUUACACAGGCAAUGGCAAGCCAGACCCAACCAUCAAUACUUGGUAUCUAAAUUAUUUAAGAAGGAAAUGCAGGUGGGCUUCAGAGUAUGUGCAACUAGAUGCCAUUACACCUACAAAGUUUGAUUCCAUGUAUUACACCAACCUUGAGAGAAAAAUGGGAUUAUUAUCUACUGAUCAGCUCCUUUAUUCAGACUCGAGAACGGGUCCGAUUGUCUCUGCACUUGCGUCGCAGCCGACUCUUUUUUACCAGCAGUUUGCAGUGUCCAUGGUGAACCUUGGAAAUGCUCAGGUGCUCACUGGUAAUGAAGGAGAGAUCAGGACUAAUUGUAACUAUGUUAAUGCUUAAUAAU